CAGGCUCCUGCGUGGACGCGCAGCAGCAUCUGUGCCUUUAAGAGCCUCUCUGACAGCAUCCUCUUCUGGCACGGACGCGCACUCGGCUGCUCAACAUUUGGGAAUACAGACAGAUCUGCGCUACAAGAUGGCUGAGUUGAAUUUGGGGAAGGGGCUGACCGCGGGGAAAGUGGCCAGCAACGUUCAGAAAAAGCUAACGAGAGCCCAAGAAAAGGUUCUUCAGAAGCUUGGCAAAGCCGAUGAGACCAAAGAUGUUGCUUUUGAGGAAGGAGUGAUCAACUUUAACAAACAAUAUGCCGAAGGCAGCAAACUGCAAAGGGACCUUAGAGCAUACCUGGAGGCCGUGAAAGCCAUGCACGAGUCCUCCAAGAACGUGCAGGCCUGCUUAGCUGACAUGUAUGAACCCGAGUGGUACGGCAAGGACGAAGUGGAUUCCAUUGUGGAGGACUGCGAUGUGCUUUGGACUGAUUACCACCAAAAGUUGGUCGAUAAUGCCCUCAUCUCCAUGGAUACCUACCUGGGCCAGUUCCCUGAUAUCAAGUCGCGUAUAGCUAAGAGGGACAGGAAGCUCGUGGAUUAUGACAGUGCCAGGCACAACUAUGCCACCACACACAAGACCAAGAAAAAGGAUGGGAGCAUCAAAAUUACCAAGCCCUCCUCUUUGUUGGAGAGGGCCACUCCAGGCUGGGCCCAGGGCAUAUUGUCUGCACACAACGUCGCUCAGAGCAGUCUAUCCAGAAACCAGGCUGAGGAUGAGUUGGAGAGAGCGCAGAAGGUAUUUGAGGAGAUUAAUAUUGACUUGCAAGAGGAAUUACCUUCACUCUGGAACAGUCGUGUUGGAUUUUACGUCAGCACCUUCCAGAGUUUGGCUGGUUUCGAGGAAAAGUUUCACAAGGAAAUUGGCCGGUUGGAUCAGGACUUGUACGAUAUCUUGGAGAAAUUGGAGGAUACAGACAUGCAGCAAACAACUGGGAAAACAGGUCCCAGCGGCGCCUCAUCGUCAGGAACAAAUAGGAGUGCGAGUGUAAAAGAAGCGUCCAACCACAGUCUCAGGCCGGCAGGACCACCACCAAUCCCCAAAUCUCCCUCCAAGCUAAGGCCUGCAAUGCCUCCUCCACCCAAGGUGACCCCAUCUAAGGAGAUGAAAACCGAGAACAUCGUCAGCCUGUUUGACGCUGCAGCUACUCCUGAUAUCAACGUCACCUCCCCGACAGAGCCUGCAAACUGGGACUCAUGGCAUGAGGACAGUGGUGCCCAGGAAGAGGACACCGACCAGAACUAUGACCCUGUGGCUGCUGCCACGGAUGCCUGGGGCGAUGAUGGUUCACAGCCUGUCCGCUAUGACCCCAUAGCAGCUGCCACAGAGGGCUGGGGUGAUGAUGGAACCCUGCCGGUUCGCUAUGACCCUGUGGCCCCGGCUCAGGAAGGAGGGGGGGGUGACGAUGAGGGCCAGCGGGCUCAUUGCGAUCCCGAGGGCGAUGCCCAGGAGGACUGGGCCGACGACGGGGUCCAGCCCGUCACAGAGGUGCCUGCCCCUGAGGAUGAAACGCCUGCAGCUGAUGCUCCAGGUGAAGUGGUCGAGGUGGUCGAGGUGGUCGAGGAAGACACCACACCGGCCGAUGCUACGUUGGAUGAUGAAGAGGGUCAGGGUGAGUCUGCAGCAGCUGCUGCAACACCUGAAGAAGAAGCACCAACAGAGGAGACGCCUGAAGUACAAACAGAAUCAACAGAGGCAUCAUCAGAGCCCGAAAAAAUGCCACCUGGCUUCUUGUUUAAGCUCCAGGUGAUGCAUGAUUAUGCUGCCAACGACACAGACGAACUGGAGAUGAAGACUGGUGAUGUGGUGCUGGUAAUCUCCUUUGACAACCCCGACGAACAGGAUGACGGCUGGCUGAUGGGGAUGAAGCAGGACGACUGGCUGCAGAACAAAGAAAACGCCGCUAGAGGAGUAUUCCCAGAGAAUUUCACUCAAAGGCUGUGAAAGAUGUGGACAAGAUGUCACUUCAGCGGCCGUCAUCAUGUCUCUCUUCCUCUUGCCUCAAUCCUUCCUUCCCUCUCUCGACUAGGACUUUGGCCAUAGAAGCAGAGCUGAAAUCAUGCAUUGCUAAGGUCUGCUACACUGUGCUAAAAGUGGAUCUUGGCAUUUCGCUGGAUUUCUGUCAACAUUUACAGAUGUAGUCAUUUCACAGCCCGCCCCUCCUUUAUUGUCCCACUUCUACUUACAAAAAAAUGAUUAAUAAGAGAAUCCUGACAUACAGGAUAUAUGCAGGAUUAUGUGCCUCUGCAAUGUCUACAUUUGCGAUCGCAUUAUAAUAUUUUAUUCUUAGCGAUGUCUCUUCAUAAACUCGCCACGGCCUGUUUCUCCACCAUAACAGGGCAAAUCUGUUUUGAGACAUGGGUUUGUUCAUCUGUGACUGAGAGAUUGAAGAAGUAAAUGAUUAAGACAAAGUAUUCCUUCCACACGCACUCAGCGAAGGCCUGAGCCCUAAAUUCUGGUUCCAAUUUCUAACUGGAAACUUCUGCCCAGUCAAACUGAGAAACUACCUUUGAAUGGACGAGUUGCAGAAUCAGCACCUAAUCAGCUAAAUAGCAAAAAAAUAAUGUAAGUAAACAAAACUAAGUUAUCCAUCUCAACAACACGUCUUGAGUUUAGCCACUCACUUUUAAUUCUGAGGCAGAUCGCCAUCUUCUCAUGCUCAAGUGGGUUUUUGAAACAAAUCUCUAUUUUUGUCAAUAGUAUGUUUUAGCCACAUGUGUAGCCAUCAAGUGUCGUUGUUUUCUUUGGGGAUGCGGGUUUCCACACCUGUGCCCAUUCGCUUUUUUUCGGUAACGGAGCGGCUGGCCGGAGUGAGUCGGCGGAGCUCAAGCGUUGCGGUUUUGGUGCCAGUAUCGUGCUGGUCACCGACCCACAAUCACUCUGAUUUCUCCUGGUUCUGCUGCUGAAACUAUGCCCGUUGGACUCAUCCAAACCAUCUCUGAUUUCUAAUUUGAUUACCUACUGGUGAAACAUUGAACAAUGGGCUCCUAGUUGUUGUAUUAGUUUAGGUCCAAUAGUGGUAUAAUAGCAUGAACCUUUUGUUAAACACACAAACAACUCAACGAGAGAAGGAAUUACAUUUAAAAAUGCUUUAAAAACACAAAUAUAAAUACUGAUCACAGAGUCUAUAGAGUAGAACAAUGCGAGACUUCCUCUCUGACAGUCAGGUUUUUUAUUGUAGUUGGAAUUUGUGUGAAGUUGUGUGGAGUGGGCAUGUUAAAAAAUCUUUUCAUGGGAUUGUCCUUUUUUUUUCAUAAGGGAUUCAAAAUAUGCAUUAUUCAGGCUUGCUUAAAGGCUAGCCACCAAACUACUACAAUGAGACGCUGCUACUGGUAGUAUAAUAGGACGGCAGAUAUGGUUACACUUUAAUGCUAAUCAAAUAUAUUAUAACUGAGCCGGCCUUUUGAAAAUGUGCCGAAAACAAUUCCUUCUGUUUGCAUUGAGACGACUUAACUCAAAUGCAGAGGAUUCAGAAUAUGCACCAGAGCAACGUCUUUUAUUUUUGUAUGCUGACAAGCAAUGAUUACAAAUAGCCUAAUGUAACUAUGUCAACAUAAUUGCCAACUUACUGUAGGGUGUUAUGGAGUGUUUUGUACUUCUGUCAGGUUCACUGCUCUCUACAUAGCCGCUUACUGUAGGUAAUUCAAAACAUCUCACAUUCAUUCGGUCACUGACUCAGAAGACGUUUCUCAUGAUAUUAUUAACAUGUAAUAAGAGUGUGAGAAAAUGGUUGUGUGAGAUUGUAUGUGUGCGUGUUUUACGGGACGUUUGGAAAUCUAAAUUCUUUAUCUAUAGGCAAUUGUUGUUGGAGGAUAUCACCACCACCACCUACCAGGGGAUGUGGUUGACUGGACAAAGACAACUCUUUUUCCACUCGCUGGUAUUAUGGUUCCAGGUGUUAUUGUGCAUUUGUUGUGUAUAAGUGUAAUUUUGCCAAGCUGUGAUGACAGAUACAUAUUAUAUAAAGUCAUUCAUAUCUGUAUGUGAGGUACUGUGAGCAUGCUGACUUCCCAUGUGUUGUUGUGUGAACACCCUUAAUUUAAGACAAUGAUACAUGGGUCACUUUUGAGGCAGCUGGAUUUUUUUAAAAUUUAUUUAUUGUUAUUUAUUUGUUAACCUUAGUAGGAGAUAUGGUCGGCAGUUAUACAUGAAAUGUGUUUUUUCACCAUUCCCUCACAAAUUUGUCAUGAUUACGGUUGCUCGUUUUCCAUCAGCAAUUGCCUCAAAAUGUUGCCAAGGUAUCGUGGUCCCAGCAGGCCUAACCAUGAUUGCAUGGAGACGGGACACAUGGAGAAAAGCUUCACACCACCAGACUCAGGUGGACACAUUUAAAAAGAGUUUUCAGUAUUUCAACCAUUUGAGAUGUGCAUGAUUAAUUUCAUAAUUAUAAAAAGGCUCGCGUGAGAACGUCACCUGCAUAUUUUUGGUAAACCAAUCACCGUCAUAUUCUCAUUUUUUAAAAAUGUGUAAAUUGGUGAGUGUUGCACCUUGGUCUGGUUUUUGGAGGCAUUUGUCUAUAUGGAUGAUGGCGUCUCCUGUAAUGAGCAAUGGGAUACAACAAAAAAAAUGUUUUUCCUGUACCUAACUGAACAAAAACAUUAAAGAUUCUGUAGAAUCUCCCCACUGC